CAGCAACCUUGGUCGCUAAACGAACGGUCUUUUUGCAGUUGUCAUCGUGACGUCCCGGACGUACACGAUUGCGCGCAAUAAAAAUUUUUUUCUGAACACGAAAUCGAAAGGAAAGGUCUGCUACUUGUUGGCUGAAGACUUUCCGCAAAUCGCUAUUUCCGUGAACGCGACUCCACGGCAAUUCGGCUUUGGCAUAUUCCUACCGGCAUUUGAUCACGACGACGGCCAAUCUCUGGCCACACAACACCACGAUGUGCUUCGGGGCUCGGAAUAAGAACGAGGAUGGCGAGGCUCACUCUCGAGAGCUGGAUAAGGUCCUGCGCCAGGAUGAGAAGCGCAUGGCUAAGGAGGUGAAGCUGUUGCUGUUGGGUGCUGGAGAAUCAGGGAAAUCUACCAUCCUGAAGCAGAUGAAGCUCAUAUAUGCUCAAGGCUUCAACAAAAACGAGAGGCUAGAUUUCAAGCCAGUCAUCUUCAACAACAUUGUUCAGUCAUUCAAGACCAUCUCCGAGGCCAUGAACGAGAUGGGAUUCGAAUAUGACAGUCCUGAUAACGAGAAACACAUGGCGCACAUUUUGGUUGAUAGCGAAAUCAGCCCAGACAGCAAGAUGCCCGAGGAUUACUUGGAGCCGAUCAAAUUGCUAUGGCAAGACAGUGGUGUAAUGGCCGCAAUUGCCAAAGGCAACGAAUACGCUCUGCAUGACAAUCUCACAUACUUCGUGACCGAUAUCGACCGGAUAUGGGCCGACGGUUAUGUACCGAAUGACCAGGACUUACUCCGCUCUCGGUUGAGAACCACAGGCAUCAUAGAAACUGUCUUUGAUUUAGGCCAGUUGACAUACCGCAUGUUUGAUGUCGGCGGCCAAAGGUCAGAACGAAAGAAGUGGAUCCACUGCUUUGAGAAUGUCAACUGCUUGCUCUUCCUCGUUGCUAUCAGUGGUUAUGACCAGUGCCUUGUGGAAGAUAAGGACGGCAACCAAAUGAACGAAGCUCUGAUGCUGUGGGAGUCCAUCUCCAACUCACAUUGGUUCGCCAUGACGUCGUUGAUCCUUUUCCUCAACAAGAUGGAUCUCUUCAAGGAGAAGCUGCCCAAGAGCCCGAUCUCCAAAUACGGCUUCACCGACUACCACGGGCCUGAAGACGACUACAAAGCAGCCAGCAAAUACUUCCUCGAUAAAUUCCGCGCGUUAAGCAGAAACCCCGAGAAGGAGAUUUACGGCCACUUCACCAACGCCACUGACACAAAUUUGCUGAAAAUCACAAUGGGUUCCGUGCAGGACAUGAUUAUUCAGAGAAACCUCAAAAAGUUAAUACUAUAAACACCCCAGUUCAUCGUCUUUGUUUAAUUCGUUUUGCACCGCGCUGAGAACCUUUUGCCAACUCUUUUUCAGGUUACUUAUUUGAAGCGGCCUUCAAUUUGCCAAAGUACUGAUUAUUAUUAUUGUCGCCUAACCUCUUCUUUCUAUUUAUUAUCUGCCUGGGUGUCGAUUUUUGAUUCAACCAACACAGACGAGUUGAUUCCUCGGUUUAGGCUGCCCAAAUCGACUCCGGCGCCUCUUCAUGCAUGAUUACGGCAUCUUACGGCUUU